AUGACGGAAAAGAGCGAGUCUUUGGCUGAAAUCGCGUCCGCUUUGAACCAUUUAUCAGAUGACUUGGACAAAUUCGAGGCUACUUGGGAUGCAAAUAUGUCGAAGGUGUUAUCCAGCACAAACCUUUAUGAACGAGAACUUUUUUCUGAUGGUGGUGCCCCCGAGAUGUCGGUGACAGCCCAAAUAUUGUUAGAGGAAGUCACUUCCCGAGGUGAAGAGACACUAACACAGAUGCUCGCUCAUCACAAAUCACUUCAUCACGCUGUAUCCCAAAUUGGCAAGGAUAUAGAAAAAGCGACACAUAAGGACAUUGGUGGUUUGAUUCGAAACGAGAAGGAGAUUGAGCGCGAUGCCAAAGCCGAACGUCUCGUGAACGGCAUGAUUUGUGAUUACCUGAUGACUUGCGGUCUUACGAAUGUAGCAGAAAUUCUUGUGAAAGAGGCUGCACUAGGUGGCCGAAUAGAUGACUACUUUGCAAACCGGAAAGUUAUUGAUUGGAUAAUGGAAUCAUUGAGAAAUCAGGAUAUUGCGCCGGCCGUAGCUUGGCUGAAGCAAAAUCCUCAUAGCGACUCAAAGCUGCACUAUGACCUUCUACAGCAACAUAUUGUAGCACUAAUUCAAGAUGGAAAAAGGGUUGAAGCACUGCAGUUUGGCAAGCAACUCUCACCUUUCGGUUACGAGCAGGAAACGGCACGGUUGAUGGGAGCAGUAGUUUUAGCAAAGGACUGUAAUGAUGCUCGUUAUGAGGCCUUGUUUAAUCCAUUAGCGUGGCCUUUGCUGGAGUCGAGAAUGUCAGUCGCCCUCGCUCAAAGCGACAGUCGUUUCGGAAAUGUAAUUUCGACUGGGAUGCGAGCCGUACCGAUUUUGAUGAACUUGAAGCAAGUGAUGGUGAAUCGCCAGGACCACUUAUUCAGUGGUGAAGAACUUCCAGUUGAGGUUAAGAUUGACGAAUAUGUUCAUUCUACGUUCACUUGCCCGAUUUUACGUCAGCAGAGCACAGAUAAUAACCCACCAAUGAGGCUUACAUGUGGUCAUGUUAUAUCUAGAGAAGCUAUUAGCAAAUUGUGUAGUAACCACAGGAAUAAUAGAUUAAAAUGCCCCUAUUGCCCUGAGGAAUCCCAUCAAAAUGAUGCUAAACAGGUUUACUUUUAA